AUGGAGCGCCCAACCAAAAGAGCCCGCCUGUCCCCGGACUUGGCUGUAGAAGAGAAUGCAGUACCAGAUCGAGUCUCUACGCCUCUGGCUUCGCUGCAUCGGUCUAUCACACCACCGCCAAGGGCUCGCUCACAAUCACGAGCAGUCUCCAAUGCCCUGUGUUCUGAUUUGAAGAGCGACCAACUCGAGGGUCUCAAAUCCAAGCCCACGGAACAUACGAGUACAAAAAUAUCUCAUCGUCUCAUCUCAUCUCCAAUACAGCUCACACAUAUUCGUGACUUUCCAGAGCAGAGAGGAUACAACGUUGACACAGUCAAGCUUCGUGACAUACUCGGUGACCCGAUGAUUCGAGAAUGUUGGCAGUUCAAUUAUCUUUUCGAUGUGGACUUUCUCAUGUCCAAUUUUGACGAGGAUGUCCGGAGCUUGGUCAAGGUCAAAGUGGUGCAUGGAUCUUGGGAGCGGGAAUCUGCGAACCGAGUUCGAGUCGAGGAGGCAUGCUCACGAUAUCCAAACGUGGAGCCUAUCAUCGCCUACAUGCCUGAGCGAUUCGGGACACACCAUUCGAAGAUGAUGAUCCUUCUGCGACAUGAUGACCUCGCCCAAGUCGUGAUCCAUACCGCAAACAUGAUCCAUGGAGACUGGGCCAACAUGACUCAAGCAGUAUGGCGAUCUCCAUUGCUCCCAUUACAAAAGCCCGGUACCCCGGCAACAGCUUCUAUGAAGCCAAGUUUUGCUACUGGCGCGCGGUUCAAGAGGGAUCUGCUAUCUUAUCUCAAAGCCUACGGUCUAAAGAAAACAGGAUCGCUGGUUCAGGAACUCAAUCGAUUUGAUUUCGACUCGGUUCGUGCUGCCCUUGUCGCUAGUACACCUUCCAAGCAGGUGUUUAGCAACCUAGAUUCCGACAAAGCUACGCUAUGGGGGUGGCCAGCACUGAGAGAUCUCAUGAGCCGGAUUCUAAUACAAGCCAAGGCCACAAAGGGCAGCCAGCGGCCCACCGUGCAACCGCAUAUUGCAAUACAGAUAUCCUCGAUAGCAUCUCUCGGCCAGACAGACAAGUGGCUCACAGAGGUAUUUUUCAAAUCCCUCGCUCCAAUACCAUCAACCCCCCAACCAAAAUACUCCAUCCUAUUCCCGACCCCCGACGAGAUCCGCCGCUCGCUAGAGGGCUAUGGCUCUGGCGGCUCGAUACACAUGAAAACACAGACCGCACCGCAGCAGAAACAAUUGCAAUACAUGCGACCACACCUCUGUCACUGGGCCGGAGAUGGUCUAUCUAAAUCCAACUGCAUCGAUCUAUCAGAAGAAACUCCUCUCAAGCGAGAGGCUGGUCGGGCUCGUGCAGCACCUCACAUCAAGACGUAUCUCCGGUAUACGGACGCGGAGACUAUGGACAGCAUUGACUGGGCGAUGGUCACGUCUGCAAACUUAUCCACGCAAGCCUGGGGAGCGGGAGUGAAUCAGAACGGCGAGGUGAGGAUUUCGAGCUGGGAAAUUGGUGUUGUGGUUUGGCCGGAGCUAUUUCUGGAUGAGAAGACCGCCGACUCGACGGACGCAGGUUCGGUAACUGCACUGAUGGUGCCCUGCUUCAAACGCGAUCUGCCUGCAUCCUCUCAACCGGAUAAUAUGGCCGAGGACGAGGCUCGGACCAUGGUUGGGUUCCGAAUGCCAUAUGACCUCCCGCUGACGCCGUACAGCGACUCGGAUGAGCCGUGGUGUGCAUCAGCAUCGCACCCCACGCCGGACUGGCGCGGACAAAGCUGGAUCAACUGA